ACGAAAUCUCUACACCCCUCCCUCCUCGAUGGACUCUCUCCAAGCCACUUAUAAUGACGAUUACUACGAAGAAACAACCCCCCCAUCCACCUCCUCACCACCUCCGGUCACCGGCGAACAUCUGAAAGAUGCUCUACUCCAAGACGACACCGAGCCCGCCAUUAGGGAAAUCAAAACCCCAAAAGGCAUCAGCAGUAGCAAACCGAAAACCUCCCAGCUUGCUGCGGCUUCGUCGGAUUCUCUCUCUGAAGAUCCUACAACAACCACCACGACUGCUUCCGAUGACACCCAAAACCCGUUCAAAGUUUCCCAUAGCUACGACGAAUUAGAGGACGACGAAGAACCUCCACCCAAAAAGCAAAAACAGGUGUCGUCUUUAAUAACUCCUCCAUACCCUAAUUCAGCACCCGCAAUCAACGAUGAUAACCCCACCAACGCUGCUGUCGAAAACAGUAACAGUAACGGCAAUGUCCCAUCAAACCCUUCCCCUGCAACAAAAGCCAAGACAACAAAGAAGUCUAAGAAGAAAAACAAUAAUGUCUGGGCAACGAAAACGUCUAGAAAAGGGGAAAAGAAGAGCAAAGUGAAUAACCAAAACGUUGGGAAUGGGGAAGACGCGGUUUUGAUCACACCAGUUCCGAGAUUCCCAGACAAAGGGGACGAUACCCCUGAUAUGAAAAUACGUCUUUCCAAGGUUUAUAAAGCUGAAAAAGUGGAGUUAACUGAGGAUAGGAUGAGUGCUGGUAGCACAAAGGGGUAUAGAAUGGUUAUAGCCACCAGAGAAGUGGAGAAGGGAGCUUGGUACUUCGAAAUCAAAGUAGCGAAGUUGGGGGAGACGGGGCAUUCGCGGCUCGGGUGGUCAACCGAUAAAGGGGACUUGCAGGCACCGGUAGGGUAUGAUGGCAAUAGCUUUGGAUAUAGAGAUAUUGAUGGGAGUAAGGUGCAUAAAGCUUUGCGAGAGAAGUAUGGAGAAGAAGGGUAUAAAGAGGGAGAUGUUAUUGGGUUUUAUAUAAAUUUGCCAGAAGGUGGGUCGUAUGCUCCCAAGCCCUCUGAUUUGGUUUGGUAUAAAAGGCAGAGGUAUGUGUGUGCCCCUGAUUCAAAAGAGGAGCCACCUAAGGAAAGCUGGAUGUUGUGAGGAUGUUAUUUAUUG